GAAGCGUCGUUCCAGAAAAAACAAAAAAUUUAUGAAAAGUGAAAAAUGGACAAAUUUUUGGCAACAAAAAUAGAUGACAAAAACAACGACGUAAGUACAACGACUAAGCCAAAGAAACCAUUGGUGUCCGAGGUGUGGACGUUCUUCACACUUGGUACAGGUGGGACUGCUAGGUCCAAUAUAUGUUCAAAGACGUAUCGUACCAGCGGAAAUACGUCUAAUCUGAAAGACCAUCUGACGAGGAAGCCCCCGGAGCACAAAUCUUUAGAAAUUCCCGUACCUAAAAACCUGCGUACUUUGAGAGCGCCAAGACGUAUGAGGACGCAUCAAAAAGUAAACAUAGCAUCGAUAUGGCAGUGGCAAAAAUGAUAGCCAUGGACGUUCAGCUUAUUUAAUUGUUGAAAACGAGUGUUUUAUCAACCUCCUCAAAAUUGUUGAUCUCAAAUACAAAGUACCAAGUCGGUACCAGAUUCGCGAUAUCUAUCUAAAAAACAUACAUUUGAGUAUGAUCGCAAAACUUCAAGACAUCUUAUGCAAUAUAGAAUAUUGUGCAAUCACGUCUGACGGAUGGACAUCAAAAGCGAACAUUAAUUAUUUGACAAUAUCUUGCCACUUCAUUAGUGAUUUUGAGCUGAAGUCUGUGUUGUC